AUGGCGGACGGAGGCCUUCUGGAACCGGUACCGCCUAGGCUCCGGGCCAUGCUUUACUUGCUCAGCCCCAACGAGUCGUCCUUUCAGCGGCUGGAAGACGUCCCCGCGUAUAUCCAUCAGGCCAACCCUUGGUUCCUAGGCCUGGUGGUUCUGGAGAUGUUGCUGACUUCGCUGAUGUCAGAAGCCAAACUUUACAACAUUGCAGACACCGUUGUCUCUGUGUCGCUAGGUGUGAUGUCACGACUCCCGCUGUUGCUGAUGCGAGGUCUGGAGCUGUCAGCCUAUGUGUACGUGUGGGAACACUUCCGCCUGCUGGAGCUACCAUGGGACUCAGCCUGGACCUGGUGGUUCUCCUUCCUGGCUGUCGACUUUUGCUACUACUGGUUCCAUCGCUUCGCCCAUGAAGUAGCCAUCUUGUGGGCGUCCCACCAGGUGCAUCACAGUUCCGAGUACUAUAACUUCAGUACGGCCCUGCGACAAUCGCUCACACAGCAGCUGACGUCGUGGAUCUUUUAUGUGCCCUUGGCCUUGGCUGUGCCUCCGUCUGCCUUUGCCGUCCACAUCCAACUCAAUUUACUCUUCCAGUUCUGGUUGCACACAGAGAUAAUCCGAGACCUGGGACCUCUCGAGUGGAUCUUCAACACUCCCAAGCAUCACAGAGUUCACCAUGGAAGGAACCUCUACUGCAUUGACAAAAACUAUGGUGGAAUUUUGAUCAUAUGGGAUCGAUUGUUUGGUACAUUCUCCCCAGAGAAGGACAAGGUGGUGUAUGGUUUGGUCUACCCCAGCAACUCUUUUGAAAUAAUGACAAGUCAGUUCCACUAUUAUUUGUCCUUGUGGAGAAGGUCAACCACCUACGCGAGCCUUGCCGACAAAGUGUCCACUUUUGUCAAGGGUCCCAGCUGGACGCCAGGAUACCCUCGACUGGGCAACUACGAUCACGUUCCCAAGGUGACCGGAGAAGAGAAGCCUCACGAUCCCAGCUGCUCUCUGCCAUUACAAGCUUACGUGGUGACACAUUUCCUGCUGGUGCUGCACACGUACCACGAGCUUUUCGAGAACCAGGCGAUGCUGAGCCAGUUGUCCGUGCUGGGGAUGAGCGGCUACGUUCUGCUCACGCUUACCUCGCUGGGCUUCAUCAUUGACUGCAGGCCGUCGGCAUCCAUUUUAGAGAUGCUACGUUGCGUUGCUAUGGAGAUGUUGCUGCAGUACAGUCACCUGAGCCCUCCCAACUCCGCUCUGACUGUGCCCACACAGGCGUUGGUGUCCCUCAGCGUGCUGUACUGGGCAGUGCAGGGUUUCUCGCAGCUGUUCGUCAAGAGCAAGUUAGAUUAA